AUGCAGGAAGGAAGUGACGUAAAUUGCGAGUCACAUUAUUCACCGUCGUACACGAGUAUUGUUCCUGAAAUGUCGUAUUUUCUUGUCUUUAGGACCACGUCGCCUCCCGGAGAGCCUUUAGUACGGGCUCCGGUGGGCAAGCCAAGAUGUCCGCCAGCUAUAUCAAGACUGCGAGUAGAAAAGGUGGAAGGAGGGCUUGCAGUGGCCGGCGUAGUAGUUGCAGCCAACUGCCAGAUUGUUCUGCCAAUAUUCGGCUUUCUAUUUAUGCUCGUUGGAUGUGUGUUGACAGCGGCAUCAUACCGCGGCUGUGGUGAGAAUGAGGAGCCGGAUCAUUAUGCGGCACGAAUAGCAUUCACUGGCAACUCUAGAGUACUGGGGCCUGUGUGCAUCGUCGCUGGAGCACUGAUGACUAUUGCUGGUAUCGUGCUAUGUGUAUUAAUGAGAGCCGCACAAAGGCGACAACGUCGGCUCGCAUUCCACUGUCCCAUUCAUGGAGACUUCUACCCAAUGAGCCCGCAAAAUAGUAGAAAAUACUCCCAUAGUCCUUCAGGCCUGUGGCGCUGGAUGCGCAGCUGGCUAGGGCUGGUAGAGGAAAGCGAGGCGGCGCGCUGCCCGCGCUCUACGGAACCAGCUUCACCGGCGCGUGCUGAUGCACCGUGUCCGCCACCUUUACCUUUCCUAGUACCUUCUGAUUCUGUUGUGGGUAUGGCGUCUGUGCUCGGAGCUCCACUGAGUCCAGAACAAACAUUUGGUUCUAUCAAGUCUCUUGCGAUAUCGCGGGAGGUAGCAAGUUUUCCUCUCUCGCGCUCGCCGACGCCACCGCCUAUGAGUUGUCCACCGUACAUCAAAGAGGAGUCGAAGGUGCUUGACGACAUUCCGAACGCAGUUAUUAUACGUCCCGACUUCAAUUGUGGAUCACCGACCUGCAAUUAUCGAGUUGUUGAGUGUAAACUCACAACAACAGACGAAAUAAAUCGCAAUACGCCAUCCAACACAGUUUCCACACACACUAGUGCAAACAACACAGACCAUAGACAACAAAGACCCAUUUCGGUAUCUAUAACAAUACCUGACGAAGGAAAAGGCUAA